CCUUCCCCCCCCCUUGACCUCCGAUUCCUGUUCCUGGCCCCUCAGUCGUGCUCUAGGCCUACAGGCUGGUCCCCUCAUUCCUUCUCACCGCUUGGUUCCGUCUUCUCCACCCACGACCACCCACCGCGGCCAUUGGCACAGUCCCGUCGUGUGUCGUGUCGUGCGUUCGUCGGUCCUUGGGUUUUUGUCUGCACACCACCAUCCCAUCCCACACAACUGCGAGAGCACCAUACCUCCUUAAACAACACCAACUCUACACCCUUAUACACCUAUAGCCCGUCGGUCGAGGUUCUUUGAGGGCUUGGUUCUUCGUGCUUUUUUAGUCCUUAGUUUUGUCCUGUUCCCGAGUGAUCAUUGCUGUCACUCCUUCGAUCCUCCUAGAUUCCUCCUUUAUUAGCCGCCCUACUCGCAAGCCACUCAGCGAUAUUGGCAGUCAGCCCGUCACACGAGCACGCCUGGCAAUGAAGAGCUGUCCGAUGAGGAGCGUGUCCCUCAGUUGAAUCGAACCCUUGAAUGCGGCCGCAGAGACAUCCCUGGCUCAACAUCUCCUUCAACAACUAUCCUUGGAAUUCUACACAUCGAAAGCCAGCCCUUCUGUUACAGAACAUUUGUUGGAUAGCGAACAGAAUACUUGACAUCACGGGCUCAUCAAACACAAAUUGCUUGCCGACAUUUGGCUGCAAGCCUGCGGCAAUUGGAAUACGUGGCAUUGGAUCCAUCUCCGCAGACGCCUCGACAAACCCAGCAGUCCUCUACGCGAUACCAAGGCUUUCACACCUGCGCGUUGUUUGAUCCCGUGUCUCUUCUCCAAGGUUCGACUUUAACUGUCAGAGGCCUAUCUGUCAUUGCAAAGGAGGUGGUACAGGGAGUCGAUAUAUCCGACGGAGAACAUCACAGGUCCCGGUGAUCUGGCGCCAGCUGCUGCUUUGUCCAACUGUAAAAACACGGCCGGCUACCUGCAGUCGGCCCUGUGGAUGACAUUUUAGGGAGCUGCAGAUAUGCCAAAAGCCCCGGCUUUGCCCCAUCUCAACUUGGCUCCUGACAACAAUGAAGAAUUUAAUGGGUUGACCCCCGCGACGCUGAGCCCUCGCUCGACGGGCUCUCCUCACACUCCCCGAUCGGCCCCGACCUCCCCAUAUCUGCAAGGCCCUCCGCCCUCUUUCAUGUCGCAUCAAGCGUCUGUAUCACAAGACAGUCGACACGAUGGGUCGCGUACGGGGCCCAGCUCUCCGCGGAUAACAGCAGUGCCCGAAUUUCCUCCUUCACCUGUUCCUCAAUCACCAAAGCACGCUCGAGACCCGUCCAAGGGUUUCUUUUCCAACUUGAUGGCUUCCAAAUCCUCCCACAAACUGCAUGCUUCGGAGACUAGUAUUCCAGAGAACGGAGAAAAGCCUAACGCAAGAAGUCGGGCUAGUUCCAAAGAGAGGUCUCUCCAUUCAGUAAAGAAGCAAGGUUCGACUCCAGAGCUGCCCAAGGCUGCUCCAAGCAACGGCCCUAGCAGUGACAACGAGGUCCCAGCCCAGUCGGAGUCGAUCCCUUCUCAACUCCCUCUGGAGCCUGUGCAAGCGGCCAAAAAGCCCAAGUCUAAAUUUGGCGGCAUUCUCGCAAGGACCAAGACUGUGAAAAUGGAGGAAGCCAUACCGAAACAGAAGCAUCCGCCGCCAAGUCAUCUGCAACUAGACACCUCUAACUCAGGCAAUGACCACGCCGACACAUCUCCAAGGACUGCACCCAUCAAGUUCGACCACCGAGAUAGGGCAUUUGGUCCAGAGAGUGGCGCGACCGUUCGAAACCGCUCAGCAGAUCGACAAACCCGUGAUGACUCGCAAUCCAUGAGGAGAGAUCGGCAGACCGGUAAUAUACCCGUGUCCCAUUCCUUCCGAGAUGGAUCGACCCUUCAAAUUCUAUCCAACCUAGGGCAAACCGGCAAAGGCAUGGGAGACCGGCUAGGCAAAGCUGGGAAGGGCUUUUUUGGCAAGAUCACGCGGAGUGGGAGUAGUAACGAGCGCGAACCUCUAACGGUCACGGAUGACAACUACGUAUGUACGACAAUCAACCUGCCACUCGUUAAGCAAACCCGGAAAACCAGGAUAGCACGACGUCUGGAGUCAUCCAAAGAUAAGACCGAAUUCUGGAUGCCAGCCUUGCCAUGGCGCUGCAUUGACUACCUGAAUAUGAAUGGCGCCGAAGAAGAAGGCCUGUAUCGGAUACCUGGCAGUAACAGAGAUGUGAAGCACUGGCAGCGGCGCUUUGACACCGAAUACGACAUCAACCUCUUCGACGAACCAGAACUGUACGAUAUCAACACCAUCGGGUCAAUGUUCAAAUCCUGGUUGCGAGAAUUGCCUGACGAAAUCCUUCCCAAAGCUGUCCAGAAUAAGAUUGCUACCCAGUGCGCCGGGGCGACUUCGGCGCCUCAACUGCUGAAGGACGAACUGUCACGUUUACCGCCGUUCAACUACUACUUGUUGUUCGCCAUCACAUGCCACCUCAGCCUGCUCAACAGCUAUGCCGAAAGGAACAAAAUGGACUAUCGAAAUUUGUGCAUUUGCUUUCAGCCUUGUCUCAAGAUCGAUGCCUUUUGUUUUCAAUUUCUUGUCAUGGAUUGGAAGAAUUGCUGGCAGGGCUGCUGGACUGAAAAGGAGUACCUGGAAGAAGAAUACCGAUACGAGCGGGAAGGUUCGAUCAAUGAAAGUGAAGACUUGGCCAUCGAUGAGAGGGCCAUCUCUUCCAGUGGCAGCAGUCAACAACAGCAACAACCGCCGCCGCCACCGCCAUCAAAUGCUCAACAGGCAUCAACACAGCAGCCUGCUCCUCCUCGAAGUGCGGAUGCAGCGGCACAGCGCAAAUCAAUGGCGCCCAGGACAAAACAGAGAAGUCUGUCUCAGGGUGGAAGUGCGAGAGACAGAUCCAACAGUGCCCAUGCACCUAGUCAGUCAGUACCGGCUGUACCACGGAUGGUGACGCCAGAGCCUCCGAAACUGUCGCUCGACCAAAAAUUGCCAGAGCUGACAGGGCUCUCUCCCAUCAGAAUGUGAUGUCCUCGGACAUGUGUCGUCGGCCUGAUGAGUUCUAGAACCAACAUCCUGCUGCGGCGUCACGUUAUGGACUGAAGCAUACUCCCUUUCCUUUUGAUGCCCUGCUUGGAUACGCCUGCCUAUGACGAUUGUUUGGCAUCGAAAGGCUCUAGGACAUAUCUUGUAUUAUCUAUCUACCUUGAUUUCUACUUAGCAUCGUGUCUUUUGUGGUUGCAUUGCACUGUGGCUUUCUUCUGGCUUUCGCCUCGAAACAUUGAUGAAGAUUCAUGAGGGGAAUGGUAUAACCUAGGUAGAGACUGCAAGAGAAUGAUACAGAGUGAAGCUCUGUUUGUAUGAACAGGCGUAUGUAAGAUUUUGGACUGGACAUGGCGGGAAAGCCCCGACGAGGUUGAAGCAGGGGAGGCAAAGUGACAUUUGAGACCAUAGAUUUGUGAUGCACUCGAGUCGAAUGCAGACGGCGGCUGGAGAUGACGCCAACUGUCAGAUGUUGUCAAAG